UAUGCGCUCUUGUUGGCAAAUGACGUUUCAGCUGUUUGGCAGUGUUUUGUUGAGAUGCUAAAAAACCAAACAAAUUGUGUAAAAAUAAAAUAAUUCGAUAAAAAUAUCUUGAAAUCUUUUUUAAUUUUAUUAGUAAUAUUAAUUAUACAAAAAAGAAAAAAACAAUGCCUGCCGCGGUAAAUAACAAUCGGAACAAAAGUGGCGAUGAAUACACGAAGCUGAAGCGCUUUAUUUUAUUUGGUGUUAUAGUUACUCUGGUUAUUUUGGGCUAUCAUUUCUAUGAAUACUUUCUGCGUGAUGUCAUAGACAAUGAUAAAGAUGCGGAGAUUGAGCACGAUAUUCUCGAGCUUACCCAAAAUUUAUUCAAAGAUGAAGUCAAAGACAAUCCGUACCUGCAACAUGUAAACUUCCAGGGCAAUACACAUUCCUUUAAGCGGGACGAUCGUGCACCAAAGCCUUUACUGCAAUUGAAUAACAAUCUAUUAGACUCAGAUACUACCUCCACAACUUAUUUGAUGAAACGCCUUUUCGACAAUUAUGAAUUGGAUUCGUCUGCAGUGGAAAAGGUUACUCCAGCUGAACAGCAAGAAGAGUUGGACUUCUUGCAAGCAAUUUUAAAGACAAAAAUCAUGAAGCGCACUAUGAAUUUCUUACAUAAGAAAGGUGUGGUCGAAGAUAGUGUUGAGGCCCAAUUGCAGCUUCUUAAAGACAUAUGGUUUACACAGUAUUCCCGUGGACAAGGACGCAUUGGUAGUUCUGGUUUUGAACAUGUGUUUCUUUCUGAAAUCAAAAACCAAAACAUUUUGGGGUUACACAAUUGGAUAUAUUUUAGUGAGCAGGAAGCCCAAGGCAAUUUAGAAUAUCAAGGUUUUAUAAAUCACAUGGACUUAGAUAAACACAACAAAUUCUUAGUGGCUCUACGAUUCAAAUUUCACGGCAUUGUUAAACCUUACAACACACUUCUAAUUGGUACUACCCCAGAACUAGAGAUGAGUCUUUAUACAGUCUGCUUUUUAUUAAAUUCUGCAGAACCUUGCCCAGUACAACUCGGUACUACUAAAUUUGAUGUCAUAACGCACACAUGGGAUUGGAAAGGAAAAAAAACAAUUGCCAGUGCAUAUUACUCUCUUGACGACGGUAAAGAGAGAACAUAAACAAAACUUACUAGAUGUAUUUCAGGUUUUUUUGAAAUUAAUUGAAUUAUGUAUUUAUUAAUAUAAAUUUUGUAACCACCUCAGGUUUAAUCAAAGAAUUUAAAUCAAUUAAAGUUAUGGAUACAUUAAAAAUCAAAAAACAA